CGGGACUUCCUGCAGUGAGGCCCGAGCCGCUCGGUCGCCCGGCUCCCUGGUCCCCGGCGAGGAGGAGGCGGCGGCGGCGGCGGCGGCGGCGGCGGCGGUGGCGUCUCCUCGGUGGGGAGGCGCGCGGGGCCAUGACGUCAGCGUCCACCAAGGUUGGAGAGAUCUUCUCCGCGGCGGGCGCCGCCUUCACGAAGCUCGGGGAGCUGACGAUGCAGCUGCAUCCCGUAGCCGACUCUUCCCCCGCGGGUGCCAAGUGGACGGAGACGGAGAUAGAGAUGCUGAGGGCUGCCGUGAAGCGGUUUGGGGACGAUCUUAAUCACAUCAGCUGUGUCAUCAAGGAACGGACAGUGGCUCAGAUAAAGGCCACAGUGAAGCGCAAGGUAUACGAAGACUCUGGCAUCCCUCUUCCGGCUGAGUCACCCAAGAAAGGGCCCAAGAAGGUGCCGUCCAGUGUCUUGUCACCUCCUCCAGCCGCCCCUCCACCAAGCAGCACCAGUGUCCCUGAGGCCGGGGGCCCCCCCAUAAAGAAACAGAAGGCUGAUGUGACACUCAGUGCUCUGAAUGACUCGGAUGCCAACAGCGACCUGGUGGAUAUUGAAGGGCUGGGUGAAACUCCUCCAGCCAAGAAACUCAGCUUCGACCAGGACAGCUUGACCCUGGAAUCUGGCCUUCUCAUGACCUCUGCUGAUUCCCCUCUGCUCUCUCGCUGAGCCUUCCACCUCUCACCCCUGUCACUGUUCCCUCUGGACCUGUGGAUCGCCCAGGACUCUGAGCAAGUCUGCACGAGAGAAGGUCAAGAGGCUGCUGGGGAAGCACACCUUUGCAGUUCUGUGCGAGCAUCGGCCCCCAAGCCCUCUGACCUCCAACUGACAGACUUUUUUUUUUAUACAGAAAACAAUAAAGAUUGUUCCCUCAG